CGUCGGCAUCUCCACCGCUGAACAGAAGCAGCAAAGCACUUAAUCUCCCUGCUCCACUUCCAUUAGCAUCUCACUCACCAGUUCUCCGUCGGCCUCAUCUGCUUCGCCAAACUGAACAUCAGCAACAAAGUAUCCUAAUCUCCCUGCAUCUCCACCGGCAACUCAGCACCUUUCCUCCAUGGGUAGCAUCUUGACAAAGCUCACAACCUCACGUCUCUACCACUCAUCUUCCACUCCUUUAUCAGCCCAAACAAAAGCAGCAAAGCAUAACAGAUUGUCCAUGAUUUUGCUCACAUCGCCACCUGAUUUUGCUCACACCGCCACCACUCAUCUUCCUCUCCUUCACCAAACCAAAAAGAAGCAGUAAAGGAAACUGAUCGUCCCAACAGAGGCAGUCCGUGACUCCAUGACUCAUUCUCUCCUCUUGGGCAUUUGAUUUAACCCACUUAGAAGAAGUAGGAAUGGGAGCAGCUAAAUAUCUAGAGGAGGAGACUGGAAUAAGGGAGAAAAGAACAGGAGUUACAGAAAACUCUAUAGCUCAGGGGAAGUCCUAUGCUGAUGCAGUUAGAGGGUAUGAGGGAUCUAGACCACGAAAAACAGAGGGCCAAUCUUUAAACGUGAAGACAGAGCAUGUGUUGGGAAGGUACAAAAUUGGAGAGGAGCUCAAGCAAUCGGAUCAUCGACAGGCUUGGAAAAUAAAAAACAGAGAGGCAGAAUGGGCGGAUAAUGAAGAAACAUGGUUAAGUGGUAAUGAUUAUGAUGAAGGAACGGAAGGCAACAACGAAGAUGAGUUCUUGAAGCUCGCUGCCGAAGAUGAUGAAAACGAUGGAGACAAAUUGGAGCAAGGGAGAAAGGACAACAUGCCAACUGCCAUCUCAGAUUACGAGGCAGAAUUUGAAUCACAAAGGGCGAGAUUUAAGGCGGGACAAGACAACAGAAUAGAUAGGCUUUCUCAUAAACUGCUUGUAGAGGAAGACUCUAUAGAAGUUGAUGAGCUAAAUUUACAUACAUAUUAAUAGGGAAUUUUCACUUUGAUAUUGUUGAUAUUUGGAUGAGUUUUAUGGGAUUUUGUUUGAUUUUACAUGGUUUUCAUUCUUUGUGUAGGAAAGGAUUUAAUUGGAAGAAAUCCUACUUUUUAGA